CUGUGUUGCACGUUCAAAGCGGAAGUGUGUGUCGCCGCACGUGUGUAGAAGUUAGAGCGGAGCUGAUGCUAUGGGGAAGGAGAAGACAAAGAACCAGAAGAAGCUGCGAGCCGUCUCCGUCCACAAUGCGGAGGAAGACUAUUCCGGCGUCCCGCACUCCUUCGUCUUCCAUCGCGGACAGAUUGGGAAGAACGUGCAGCAGCUGAUCGCGGACGUCCGGCAGGCGAUGGAGCCGUUCACGGCCUCGUCUCUCAAGGUCCGCAAGAACAACAGCCUGAAGGACUUUGUUGCCGUGGCCGGUCCCCUGGGAGUCACCCAUUUCCUGAUCUUCAGCAAGACGGAAAACUACAUCAACUUUAAAUUUGUCCGUGUGCCCCGAGGACCCACGCUGCAUUUCAAGGUGACCCAGUACUCGUUGGUGAAGGACGUCAUCUCCUCUCUCAAGCGACAUCGGAUGCACGAGCAGCAGUUCGCUCACCCGCCUCUGCUGGUGCUCAACAACUUCGGCACGCAGGGGAUGCACGUGAAGGUGAUGGCCACCAUGUUCCAGAACAUGUUCCCCUCCAUCAAUGUUCACAAGGUGAACUUGAAUACGAUCCGCAGAUGUAUCCUCAUCAAUUAUAACGAGGACUCCCAGACGCUGGACUUCAGACAUUACAGUUUGAAGGUGGUUCCGGUAGGAAUGAGCAAAGGUGUAAAGAAGCUUCUGCAGGAGAAGUUUCCCAAUAUGAAUCGCUGGGAGGACAUCAGUGAGCUGCUGGUCAAAGGAGCCAACCUCUCUGAGAGCGAGGCGGAGCAGGAUGGGGACCACAACAUCACGGAGCUGCCCCAGGCCUAUGCCGGCAGGGGCAACAUGAAGUCCCAACAGAGCGCCGUGCGUCUGACUGAGAUUGGACCCCGGCUGACGCUGCAACUGGUAAAGAUAGAGGAGGGCUUGGGUGACGGCAAAGUCUUGUAUCACAGCUUCGUAAAAAAGACGGAGGAGGAGAUCCUGGCCAUGCUGAGUCGCAAAGAGAAGAAGCUGAAGCUGAAGAACGCGCGGAAGCAAAAACAAGAGCAGAAUGUGCAGAAAAAGCAGCAGGAGAAGGAGGAGAACAAAAGCCGCAGUUUGGCCGGCAUGAAGCGGAAGAGAGGUGAAGGCGAUGAAGGGGACAGUGAGGUGGAGGACCCCGGGAUUUCGGGUGAACAAAAUCCCGCUGAGCUGUCGGAAGAUGACGACGCCGAGUAUUACAGACAGGAGGUUGGGGUGGAGCCGGACCAAGACCUGUUCCUCCACGGACGUAAGAAGUCCUUUGCGGGCCGGAAGUUUGGACCUCCCAGAAAGCAGUUUAAAGGUUCUAAAGGACCCGCCAAGCGCAGAUCGGAUUCGGAUUCCCGCCCGGAACAUCACAAGGCCAAAUUCUCCGUACACAAAAAGUCAAAGUUCCAAAAAGGACAGUCGCCCCGGCCCGGCAAAAAGGGACAAAAGUUUGAUAGAACGAAGGAGGGCAAAGCGGCCCACAAGCGCCCAGCCGCCGCCCAGGGCAACAAGAGGACCUUCAAGAAGCCGGGGGCGUUCGGCACAAAGGGCCCGCAGAGGGGGAAGCACGCGAAGACGAACGCCGGGCGUAAAGUUGGAGGGCCGAAGGGAAAGGCUUUCAAGCAGAAGAGAAAAUCGCAUUAA